AUGGAUCGGUAAUUGCCCCAGUGCAUGCUGGGUUUUUCGUCAUAACCUUUUUUCCCCCGAAAACAUUUACGGCUUUUUGGAUUGACAAAAGUAUCACCUUUAGAAAAUAUUAAUGAUUUUAAGAAUCAGAAUUUAAUAAAUGACGGCGGGAGGCGAUAACAAGAGUUUAUGAAGAGCCGUUUUCCUUUAUUCUUUGUGCUGUGUUAAUAUAUAGAUUAGCAGGAGAGCUAAUGGUUUAGCUUACUGGUUUUGUACAUAGUCAAGUUUAUGAAGUCGUUUUAUUAGCUCCUGAUGUCAUUUGUCCUAUGCUGCUUAGUUUACACAUAAAAUAGGCAGACCUCGAGGGAUUUAUAACAAGCCAAACUGAAGGUUUGACAUUUUUUUCCAAUUUGGACUUCCAUAAGAGUGGAGGACACAUCUCUGUUUAACUGCUGUGUCACAGGAAAAUGCCUAUUUAACAGGGUCUUGACUUUGUUACGGUAAAAUGGAGGCAUGUGUGAGGUUUUUAUGUCGCGAAGGUCCUCGGAUAAUCUCUACGAAAUGUUGGACUCGGGGAAUAUUGAAGGGGUCGAGAUCACCUCUGAGUCGUCCUCUCUGUGGUCAUCGCUCAGCAGCAGCUGUCUGGACAUGCAGACAUGGUCCUGCAGAGACAACACGACUAACACAUACACACACACACAGCAAUCUCCUGUGUCGUGGCAAUGUUACAGACUCUUCACAUACAGCUCUGUCAAGUGUGGCCCCUGUCUUUAUAGUGAUGAAAUUUGAUCCUGAGGGAAAUGUCACUUCAUUUGAGAAAAAGAAAACAGAGCUUUAUCAGGAAGUUGGAUUGCAGGCAAGAGACCUGAGAUUCCAACACCUCACAAGUAUCACAUCAAGAAAUAACAAAAUCAUCAUACGCAUGGAGUCCCUAAAAGCUGUAGUAACUCCAGAGUCCCUGUUGGUGUUGGAUUUCCGGGGGCUUGGUUUGGAGAAGUGGCUGGUUUUGGAGCUGGGGCCACAGCUAGCAGGAGAUGGUGCUCUGGCCACUUAUUCUCUACCUUUUGAGUUUAGAGCCUUGGAGGCCAUUCUACAGCACAGGAUAAACACCCUCCAGGCAAGACUAAAUGAGGUUCAGCCCCAGAUUUUAGAUUGCCUCGAGUCUUUAGUGGAUCCCAAGCUUCUGUCUGCAGACCGCAGUAAACUACACAUGCUUCUUCUCAGCAGUAAGAGUCUCUCUGAACUCGAGACUGACAUUAAAGUAUUUAAGGAUAGCCUGCUGAAAAUUCUGGAUGAGGACGAGCUGAUCGAGGAACUGUGUCUCACUAAAUGGACUGAUCCCCGUGUGUUUGAGGAGAGUAGUUUAGGCCUAGAUCAUGCUCAUGAGAUGGAGUUACUCCUGGAAAACUAUUUCAUGCAGGCAGAGGAGCUGGGAAACAAAGCUCGGGAGCUGAAGGGGCUCAUUGACGACUCUGAGAGUGUUAUCUUCAUCAACCUGGACAGUCAUCGAAAUGUGAUGAUGCGCCUGAACCUCCAGCUCACCAUGGGAACCUUCUCGCUUUCCUUAUUUGGUCUGAUAGGAGUGGCAUUUGGCAUGAAUCUGAUGUCUUCAUUUGAAGAGGAUCCACGUGCAUUCUGGUUAGUGACAGGAGUCAUGUUCCUAGGCAGUGGACUCAUAUGGAGGCGGCUGCUGUCUUUCCUGGGAAGACACUUGGAGCCCAGCUCUCCUCCUCCAAUCCCACCUGUUUGGAGGAAAAGCCAACUCAGCACGUUAAAAGGGACAGAUCUAAAACCCGGAGUUAGAUGAUAGUGUGACUCACCCUUGUUGUUCCUUCUGUUUUUCUGUGCGCAGUAAAUCUGUUGUAAACUGAUGUUAUGUUGUGCUUUUAAUUGCAGUGAAUAGUUUUCACUUAAAAUAGCAAGAAGGCACAGAAUUUACACAUUUUCCUAUCGUAAAUGUCUCUUAAGCGUCUUUUACAACAUCUUGCGCGUAGUAGACAGAAAUCAGUCUGAUUUUUACUCACUAUAUUUGUAAUCAGGAAUUUUAACCUCUUGAGUUUAAAUGUCAGUAAGUCACAGAUUAAUGUGAUGUUAUGAACACAUUGUGCAUACCUCUUACUGGUUUUAAGCUAUGUUGAUCUUUAUAAGGUUAGCCCUUAAAUACUUAUGCUUUAAAUAAUGCUGAUGGAUACAUAACUUAGAAUAAAGAGUUUCAAUAUAUGUUCCUACAUUGGGGUUUUGACUGCUAAUGAAUAUGCACUCACUGUCCACUUUAUUAGGAACAUCUGCACAUUCUCCAAAUUAAAAUUUUAUUAGUCACAUACACAAUCGUACACAGUACAACAUGUAGUGGAAAGUUUUUUACGACUGUCCUAUAGCGUAAAUU